CUUUAAUCACCCGGAGCAAUUGAGAACCGUUUCAAUGAAUUUGGCUAUGAAAUUUACUAGUGGGUGGGUAUGAGUGGUAGCUUCAGAUUUUUAGCAUAGGCUGAGAACAUGAACAGAAGGGUAGGGACUAGGAAAGCUCGAAUUCCUAUAGCGCAAGAAAAAGUAAUUGAAGUUUGCUAAAAUUCAGAAGUCAGAGAAGGGUACAUCCAUGUCGUUUCUCUGUUUGAAAAACAGUUUGCACAGUAAUAGCCCAAAAUCACUUUUUUAUUAUUAUAAAAGUGUCUGAGGAGCGUAACAGCUUUCUUCGUAAACUUUGGCUUCGGUUUCGGUGAGACAAAAACAACAUGACACAGAUCAGUUAAUUGUGUUAAAAGAGGGUGCGUUAAAAGAAAAGGAAGAAAACUGUUUCGUAAUCCAUGAUUGGUUAUUAUUUCAAAAGUCCAUUGUUUCAGCCUUUGUUAGCUUUCUGGAUUUGAUUUGAUAUUUGUUCUUGUCUCUUUUUUUUCUUUGGUGGAUUCUGACUUGUUUUGCAUUGGAUGAGAAAGUGGAUGAUGCAGGGAAGCUCGAGAAUUGCAAAUAAAAUUGGAAAAGCCUCAAGCAGAGAAAGAAAAUUGGCUUUGAAACAAGAUGUGGAUAGGUUGAAGAAGAAGCUUAGGCAUGAAGAGAAUAUUCAUAGAGCAUUGGAGAGGGCUUUCAACAGGCCAUUGGGAGCUUUACCUCGUCUUCCUCCAUAUCUUCCUCCAUACAUACUAGCUCUUCUGGCUGAAGUGGCGGUUCUGGAAGAGGAAAUUGUUAGGCUUGAAGAGAAGAUUGUGCAUUUCAGGCAGGAUUUGUAUCAGGAAGCUGUUUACAUGUCAUAUUCUAUGAGGAAACUUGAACAUUCAGUUUCAGCUCCUCCAAACAAGUCAAACUCAACAAUGGACAGUCCCAAGUUGGAAAAAUUGAAGUUUCAAUCACAAACAGUUGGUAAUUCUGCAGCAUCAUCUGCAACUAUGCCUACCACAACUCUCACAGAGGAUAAGGAGAAUCAAUCCUGUAGUAAUUCUUCCAAGAGCAGGAAUCAAUCAUCCAACCAUAUGAACAAAUAUCCAAUUAGAAAACUUCACAAUAAAUCCCCACAGAAAAGGUUGGAUCAUCCAAAAAUAAAGCAAGAACCAAGGUUGAACAGCCAGCAAAUUGGAGAUUUGAGAAACCAUAGUACACAUAAAAGUUCACCAGAAGCUGAGAGACCAAAUAUAAUUUCAGAAAAUAUUGUGAAGUGCUUAUCAAGCAUUCUCUUGAGAAUGAGUGCUGUGAAGAAUCCAGGUUCUGCAUGUGACAUUCCACACCUGUGUGAUCUAAGACCUAAAAACUGUGAUGAAGGAACAGAGUUUGUGGAUCCGUAUGGCAUCUGUUUGGAAUUUGGGAAGAGGGAUAUCGGUCCAUACAAGCAAUUAUGUGAAAUUGAUGCUAAAUCUUUCAAUCCAAAACGAACUGCAAAUACUUUGUUUUUACAGCAUCGUUUGAAACUUCUUUUCAGGAAACUAGAAUCUGUCAACCUAGAAAACCUCAACCAUCAGGAGAAGCUCGCAUUCUGGAUAAACAUCUACAACUCCUGUAUGAUGAAUGCAUUUAUAGAAAAUGGCAUACCAGAAAGUCCUGAAAUGGCUGUUGCACUGAUGAGGAAGGCAACAAUAAAUGUGGGUGGACAUGUGCUAAGUGCAACAACCAUAGAGCACUUCAUUCUUAGACUUCCUUAUCAUUGGAGAUUUACAUUUUCCAAGGGAACAAAAAAUCAUGAAAUGACAGUAAGAAGCGUGUAUGGACUGGAACUGUCAGAACCCCUUGUUACAUUUGCUCUCUCCUGUGGAACCUGGUCCUCUCCUGCUGUGAGAGUUUACACUGCAUCUCAGGUUGAGAAUGAGCUGGAAGUGGCCAAAAGAGAGUUCUUACAUGCAGCAAUUGGAUUUUCAACUUCAAAGUUUGCUCUCCCUAAGCUGCUGGAUUGGUAUUUACUGAACUUUGCAAAAGACUUGGAAUCAUUGCUGGACUGGAUCUGCCUCCAGUUACCAAGUGAACUUGGGAAACAAGCCAUAAAACUGCUAGAGGAAAGAAAAACUGAGCCCCUGUCACAGUUUGUACAAAUAAUGCCAUACGAGUUCAGCUUUAGAUACUUGAUAUGCACAUAAUUUCACUUCAGUUCCAUGUACAUUGCUUCACUGCAACUCUGUAUACAACUGUAGAUCAUACAUACAGACAAUGUAGCUGACAAUCUGUUCUCAAACCCUUUGGGAAGAAAUGAUCAGAUUCCUUCUUAACUAAAGUGAAUAAAACAAUCACUGUAUAAGCUAUGGAAUUUGAACUAUGCAAA